AAAAGUAUAUCAUUAUUUAGGAACAUGCCGAAGACUUUGAGAUGUUAUCCUUCUGGCUUUCCAAUACGUGCCAUUUUCUUAACUGUCUGAAACAGUACAGUGGGGAAGAGGAAUUCAUGAAGCACAACACGCCGCAACAAAAUAAGAACAAUCUGAUCCACUUUGAUCUGUCCGAAUAUAGGCAGGUGCUUAGUGAUCUUGCCAUUCGUAUAUAUCAUCAGUUUAUCGGUGUAAUGGAGACCAGUAUUCAGCCAAUGAUAGUGCCAGGAAUGCUGGAAUAUGAAAGUCUUCAGGGGAUUUCGGGCUUAAAACCCACUGGAUUUCGGAAACGCUCUUCUAGCAUCGAUGACACGGAUGCUUACACCAUGACCUCCAUCUUGCAACAGCUCAGCUAUUUUUAUACCACCCUGUGUCAGAACGGCUUAGACCCGGAGCUUUUAAAGCAGGCCGUGAGGCAGCUUUUCUUUUUGAUCGGAGCAGUUACCCUGAACAGUCUGUUUCUUCGGAAAGACAUGUGCUCUUGCAGAAAAGGAAUGCAAAUAAGGUGCAACAUCAGCUACCUGGAAGAAUGGCUGAAGGAGAAGAACCUGCAGAGCAGUUCUGCAAAGGAGACAUUGGAACCUCUUUCGCAAGCCGCCUGGCUUCUUCAGGUCAAAAAGAUCACAGAGGAAGAUGCCAAAGAGAUCUCGGAGCAUUGCGCGACCCUCUCGGCUAUGCAGAUAGUAAAAAUCCUCAAUUCCUACACUCCCAUUGAUGAUUUUGAGAAAAGGAUAGCUCCAUCCUUCGUUCGUAAAGUCCAGGGAAUGCUGAACAAUAGGCAGAAUUCCACACAACUGAUGCUUGAUACCAAAUUCCUCUUUCAAGUGACAUUUCCUUUUACACCUUCAUCACAUCCGCUGGAAGUGAUAGAAAUACCCAGCAGUUUCAAACUUGGCUUCCUCACUAGAAUAUAGUUACAAGAACUAAUGCAUUAUAAAUUCUGUUCUGUC